AUGUGCAGCAUCCACCACUGUAUUGGCGAUGGCGUGUCGCUCAUGUCUCUCCUGCUGGCCUGCACUCGCCGCACCGACAACCCCGCACUCCUGCCCACCCUCCCCACCGUCAAGUGCCAGACUCGCCCCCAGCCCACCAGUGCAGGCUCCCCGCUCAGCAGUGCAGGCUCCCCGCCCAGCAGUGCAGGCUCCCCGCUCAGCAGUGCAGGCUCCCCGCCCAGCAGUGGAGGCUCCCCGCCCAGCAGUGCAGGCUCCCCGCCCAGCAGUGCAGGCUCCCCGCCCAGCAGUGCAGGCUCCCCGCCCAGCAGUGCAGGCUCCCCGCCCAGCAGUGCAGGCUCCCCGCCCAGCAGUGCAGGCUCCCCGCCCAGCAGUGCAGGCUCCCCGCCCAGCAGUGGCAUUACAGCGGCAGUGGUGGAGGAGAGUGAGGAGCUUCGGAAGCAGCUUGGUGACGCAGGAGUGGUGGUGGUGUUGUUAAACACGCUGUGGCACGUGUCAACGUUCAUGGCUGUGCUGCUGUGGCGCGCUGAUACUGCCACGUGUAUCAAGAUGAAGCCUGGGAGUGUUGGCAUGCGGUUGAAGGCGGUGAAAGGGGGAACAGGGAGCGGUGCAGUGCGGCAGCAGCCGGAUGAGGGGAGAGGGGAGGUGCAGACUGGGGGAGGGGGAACUGGGGGAGGGGAUGCUGGGGGAGGGGAUGGGAGCGGAGAGGGUGGAGAUGGAGGAGGGGGGAGGUUUGUGUUUGGAGUGAGUGGGCCGAUGAGCCUGACGGACAUUUCAAGGGUUAGGCGAGCGUUUGGUGCGACAAUCAACGAUGUGAUGGUGACGGUUGUCUCAGGGGGGCUUGAUCGCUACCUGCGCCACCACCACGAGCAGCAGGCACAGAGAGCAGGUGAGAGGGAGCUGAGCAUGCCACCGCCUGCAUCUCCCAACCUUCCUUUCCUCACCUCUCCAUCCUCUCCCAACCUUCCUUUCCUCACCUCUCCAUCCUCUCCCAACCUUCCUUUCCUCACCUCUCCAUCCUCUCCCAACCUUCCUUUCCUCACCUCUCCAUCCUCUCCCAACCUUCCUUUCCUCACCUCUCCAUCCUCUCCCAACCUUCCUUUCCUCACCUCUCCAUCCUCUCCCAACCUUCCUUUCCUCACCUCUCCAUCCUCUCCCAACCUUCCUUUCCUCACCUCUCCAUCCUCUCCCAACCUUCCUUUCCUCACCUCUCCAUCCUCUCCCAACCUUCCUUUCCUCACCUCUCCAUCCUCUCCCAACCUUCCUUUCCUCACCUCUCCAUCCUCUCCCAACCUUCCUUUCCUCACCUCUCCAUCCUCUCCCAACCUUCCUUUCCUCACCUCUCCAUCCUCUCCCAACCUUCCUUUCCUCACCUCUCCAUCCUCUCCCAACCUUCCUUUCCUCACCUCUCCAUCCUCUCCCAACCUUCCUUUCCUCACCUCUCCAUCCUCUCCCAACCUUCCUUUCCUCACCUCUCCAUCCUCUCCCAACCUUCCUUUCCUCACCUCUCCAUCCUCUCCCAACCUUCCUUUCCUCACCUCUCCAUCCUCUCCCAACCUUCCUUUCCUCACCUCUCCAUCCUCUCCCAACCUUCCUUUCCUCACCUCUCCAUCCUCUCCCAACCUUCCUUUCCUCACCUCUCCAUCCUCUCCCAACCUUCCUUUCCUCACCUCUCCAUCCUCUCCCAACCUUCCUUUCCUCACCUCUCCAUCCUCUCCCAACCUUCCUUUCCUCACCUCUCCAUCCUCUCCCAACCUUCCUUUCCUCACCUCUCCAUCCUCUCCCAACCUUCCUUUCCUCACCUCUCCAUCCUCUCCCAACCUUCCUUUCCUCACCUCUCCAUCCUCUCCCAACCUUCCUUUCCUCACCUCUCCAUCCUCUCCCAACCUUCCUUUCCUCACCUCUCCAUCCUCUCCCAACCUUCCUUUCCUCACCUCUCCAUCCUCUCCCAACCUUCCUUUCCUCACCUCUCCAUCAUCUCCCUCUUUCCAAACUCCCUCACUCCACUACCUUCUCCCUUUGCCAUCUCUCUCACCUCCCUACCAUCUCCCACUUCCAACGCCCUCAGCCCCCUACCCUCCUGCCCCAGUUGCCACCUCCCCGCUACCCGCCACUGUUCGCCUCAACGCUGUCUGUGUUGUCAACAUCCGCCCUGCGCCUGGACUUCAGGAAAUGUCCUUUAUGCUUGCAGGCCGCUCCAAGGCUCGCUGGGGCAACUGCAUCGGGACCCUCCUGCUGCCGCUGCCCGUGCACUCGCCCGCACUCACCAAAGGCCUGCAGGCUGACAGCAGUGACAGCAAGGGCAGCGAAGAAGGGGAUGCAGCAGGGGAGGUGGAGCAGCGGCGGCUGCGCAUGGUGGCGAGCAUGUGUGCAUCCAAGCGGCAAUCCCUGGAGGCUCAUUGCAACUAUGCCAAUGGCAGGCUUGUGCUGGCUGCUGCUGGCAUGAAGGCAGCGUGCACCCUGAUGGACCGCAUGUGCAGCCCGACGACCCUCACCCUGUCCAACAUGAUGGGGCCCGUGGAGGAGGUCAGCCUGGGGGGGCAUGCCAUCGAGCGCAUCAGCCCCACUGUUUUGGGGCAGCCGCAUGCACUCACUAUGCACUUUCAGACGUACAACGGGGCAGCACACAUAGUCCUCACAGCCUUGAGGGAGAAUGUGCCGGAUCCAGCCCUCCUCAUGCGCUGCUGUGAAGACGCCUUUGCUGCUCUCCAGGCAUCGCUUCCGCCGGUGAAGGUCAAGUUCAAGGGAGACGACUUAGACGCGUCAUUGCAACUGAAAGAGCCGAGCCGCGAUGCCGAGCCGCUGUCACCAACGGCUCGUUUUUUUCUUUCCGACGAGUUCUACACGACUGUCCUGUGCGCGCUGGAGUUUAAGGACCGCAUGGAGAUCGGCGAGCUCAGAACGAUUCUCUCGGAUACCCUUUUGAAGCAUCCUCGCUUUCACAGUCGCAUGGAGCACCGUGGCCGUUGCAAGGGCGGCGAUCAGGUGUGGGUGCGGACGACCGUUGACAUGGCCUACCACGUCGUGGAAGGCACACAGCCCGACGGAUGUGACAAUAACGAAGUCGGCGCGAAACCCUCCAUCGCGAAAACGGAUGAAUGCGACAGUAGCGCGGAAAAAGCGCACGAGGAAGGAGCUGCUUCAAGACUGACGGAAUCGGAAGGAGGUGCAAGGCCAGCGGCAGGAGCAACAAGCUCGAGUGGGAAUUCGGCGUGCUACGAGGCGGGGAGCAUGGAGUGGCACAUGCGGCGCCUGCAGCACCACCCGCCUUUUGACGCCUCCCGCCCUCUCUGGCGCGUGCACCUUGUGCCUCUGCCCCAUGGCCGCUCCGCUGCUCUCUUCCGCAUCCACCACUCGAUGGGCGACGGCGUGUCGCUCAUGUCUCUCCUGCUGGCCUGCACUCGCCGCACCGACAACCCCGCGCUCCUGCCCACGCUCCCCACCGCCAAGCGCCAGACCCACCCCCGGCCCAGCGGUGGCGCUGCAGCGGCAGUGGUGGAGGAGAGUGAGGAGCUGAGGAAGCAGCUGGGAGACUCGGGUGGGCCUGAGGAGGAGGAACAGUUAAAGCAGUUAAAGCCUGGGCAGGCGCACAUGCCAUCUGCAGCGUCAGCAUUUACGCUUGACUCGAUGACCGCAUCUCCUUUCAACCCAGACCCAGUUGGGCAGGCAGGAACGGAAGCAGCAGUACCCGCAGAAGGGGUUACAGCAGAUGCGGGUAGGAAUGGGAGUGCGGAUGCGGGUGGUGGGGUUGCCUUGGAGAAAGGGGCAGGGGCGUUGAUAGCUGUGCUGGGCAACACGCUGUGGCACGUGUCAACGUUCAUGGCUGUGCUGCUGUGGCGCGCUGAUACUGCCACGUGUAUCAAGAUGAAGCCGCAGAAUAGUGGUGCACAGAAGAAGGCGGGAAAAGGAGGAAUGGGGAGCAGUGCCGUGCUGCAGCAGCCGAACGAGGGGAGAGGGGAGGUGCAGACUGGGGCAGGGGAUGCUGCUGGAGGAGGGGAUGCUGUGAUGGGGGAUGGGAGUGGAGAUGGAGGAGGGGGGAGGUUUGUGUUUGGAGUGAGUGGGCCGAUGAGCCUGACAGACAUUUCACGGGUCAGGCGAGCCUUUGGAGCGACAAUCAACGAUGUGAUGGUGACGGUCAUCUCAGGGGGGCUUGACCGCUACCUGCGCCACCACCAUGGCAAGGCAGAGCGAGCAGCAGAAAAGCCUGCUCCAGUUGCCACCUCUCCGCUACCCGCCACUGUUCGCCUCAACGCUGUCUGUGUUGUCAACAUUCGCCCAGCACCUGGACUUCAGGAAAUAUCCUCCAUGCUUGCUGGCCGAUCCAAAGCACGGUGGGGCAACUGUCUGGGAACCUUCCUGCUGCCGCUGCCUGUGCACUCGCCCGCACUCACCAAAGGCCUGCAGACUAAGAAUGGCACCGGCGACGGGCAACUGGUGAAGAGCAAAGACGGGGAUGCAGCGGGGGAGGUGGAGCAGCGGCGGAUGCGCCUGGUGGCGAGCAUGUGUGCGUCCAAGCGGCAAUCCCUGGAGGCUCACUAUAACUAUGUCAAUGCUCGGCUUGUUCUCGCCACUGCCGGCAUGAAGGCAGCAUGCACCCUGAUGGGGCGCAUGUGCAGCCAGACGACCAUUGCCUUCUCCAACAUGAUGGGGCCCGUGGAGGAGGUCAGCCUGGGGGGGCAUGUGAUCGAGCGCAUCAGCCCUACAGUUUUGGGACAGCCGCAGGCCCUCACGCUGCAUUUCCAGACGUACAAUGGGGCGGCACACAUAGUGCUAUCGGGCCUGAGGGAGAAUGUGCCGGAUCCAGCCUUCCUCAUGCGCUGCUGUGAAGACGCCUUCGCUGCUCUGCAGGCAUCAGUGCACUGA